UUAAAUAGCAGCUGUUAAAAGCUCCUCGCACUCUCCUGUCUGCCGUUCAGCCUCAUUCAUUCUCUCCUCUCGUCACCUCACAGACCCUCACUCAUUUUCCACAUAACACUUCACGUACUACAGGUGCCCUACGUCCACAGCUAUGUCGGCCGCAAGCACCGAGACAAGCGCCCCGCUCUCCACCGCAGGUAGCCGGGUGUUCUUCCAAUCUGCGCCCGGCGUGGGGUGCGUGAGCUCGGGGCCCAUCACCACAGACGACCCGGUGCAGAAGAAACAAGGAAAAGUGACGGUGAAGUACGACAGGAAAGAGCUGAGGAAGAGACUGGUGCUGGAGGAGUGGAUCAUCGAACAGCUCAGCGAGUUGUACGACUGUGAGGAGGAGGAGAUGCCAGAGGUCGAGAUAGACAUCGAUGACUUGUUGGAAGUGACCAGCGAUGAUGAAAGGGCCAUUAAACUCCAGGAAUCAUUAAUAGACUGCUAUAAACCAACAGAGGACUUUGUCCGGGAGUUGCUGUGCAAGAUCAGGGGGAUGAGGAAACUCAGUGCACCGACAAAGAAGGGCCUAUAAUAGCUCUAUGUGAGCUGUCCAUCAGCCAUCAUCUCAGUUGUAUUUACCCACUUCAAUGGACUGUCAUCAUAACAUCAUUACUGCAACUCUGCUACCUGCAAACACACACAUUAAAAUCCAUGCACAAUGCACUAGACAUCCAGUUCUCUGCACUGUUAGAUUUGGCUGUUUCCUGGUACCCUUUGCAAUGGUACAUUUAGUGUAAACGAGGAUUAUACCACCUUACUCCACAACUCCGAGCCAUAUGUAAACUUUUAAAGACAACGCUGUACUAUCUACAAAACUCAAAUACACUGAAAAAGCUUCUCCAAUAGGGAGGUGGUAAGAACUGUUAUUACUGAAGUGGGUGUAUAAAUAAUAACUGUGGCACUACGCAGACACAGUGCUUGAGAAUAUUUCAUUUUAUACUGAGGUGUUUUACUGUUACUACUUUAAAUCUGUACUGUAUGUUGCCAUUUAUUGUUCAUGUGAUUGAAAUGUGGUCUGAGACAGUUUUGUUAUUAUCCUAUUAUAUACUGAGGUCAGCCUCCUUCUCAUGUCUCUGUCAGUGCUUGCUCAAGUUAGUGAGAGCCUUAGGAGAUGGGCUGUUUAUAGUUUGAAAUGCCCAUUCUAGAACACUGUACUACUGCAAGGCAUGAUGGGGGUUGCAGUUCUCUGCGUGAGACUACAAAACCUGUAUGAUUAGCAGCCUUACACUUCUCAUGCUGUGUGGUGCUGUAUGUUGCUCUUUUUUCAGCUUCAUUCAAACACAUAUCAGUUUAGUAGUUUAGGUUGUGAAAGCCCAAACACUGGCUUACGUACAAAUGAUGCCUUCAAGGACAUUCAGGAUAAUUAUGUUUUAAUCUGCAUUGAACCACAAGCACCGACACCCUUAAAGUAAGUAGAAGUCAUCUUUGUAAGGGAAAGUGUGCCAAAACAGAAAUGCGUUCAAUAUUAUGACAUAGAUUUAAAUUGCAUAAUUGUUGUAAAUUGCUUAUUCCCAACUACAGAAGGUAGCUUUAUUAUUAGUGCCGCACCAACUUAAAACUAGUAAGUUCUGGUACACAACUCUACCCUCUGCUGCCAAAGACAUUAGCAGGGCAAUGUUGUUUAGCUCACAUGCCACUCGCACUCAUGCAUGCUAAAAGAGUAAACACUGAGUAGAGAUGUAACCAAGCAAAAAAGAUCUUUUCUAUUAGUUUCCAUGUAUGACUUUGUAGAUUUUUUUGGUUUGUUUUAAGAGAAUCCAGGAAAUUUUUAAUAACGGUGCUGUAUUUUGAUGUUCUUCCCGAGUUUUUUGCUUCUUCGGAUUUUCGACUGUUGCCAGAGAAACGUGUCCAUGAGAGAUGUUGUGUGUCUUUAUUGAGGGGUGUACACAGCAUGCUAAUAUGGUGUCCUCCUGUUUUGCAUUUUCCACCAAAGCAUGUGCUCAUUUGCUUGUGCACUGAUUUGUAAAUGCAAAAGGAAGAGGCUAUUUUGGUCUGCCGUGGUCCUCCCAAGAAUCAUGUCUGAGGUACUUUAGACUUUUCACUGUAAAGGAAACCGUUCAGGGGCAAUAGGCUGAUAUUUUAUAAUUUAUGGGAUAUCUGUGUGGAGCGUAUGUUGAAAAUGUUGAAACUAUUAGAAAGCUUUGCAUGUAUUUUUAAAGUAGCACGUCAAGGUAAACAUUUUGUUAGCCCAGAAUGUUUUAUUUUCACAGAAUAAACACUUUUCCUUUUUAUACCUUUUAAUAUUAUAAGCUCCUUUUUCAGCUGAUUUGGUUUGAGUUACAUCCACAAAAAGCAUUAUUGUUUCAAAAUGUAAUGUGGUGUGUGAUUGUUUUUGCUUAUAAUAAAAUGAAGAAAGACUGUUGAACAA